CCCGGCCGGGUUCGGCCCGGGGGGCGGGGGCCGCGGCCGCCGAGGAUGGGGAAAUCCAACAGCAAGUUGAAGCCUGAAGUUGUGGAGGAGCUGACCAGGAAAACCUACUUUACUGAAAAGGAGGUGCAGCAGUGGUACAAGGGCUUCAUCAAGGACUGCCCCAGCGGGCAGCUGGAUGCCGCCGGCUUCCAGAAGAUCUACAAGCAGUUCUUCCCCUUCGGGGACCCCACCAAGUUUGCCACGUUUGUUUUCAACGUCUUUGAUGAAAAUAAGGACGGGCGGAUUGAAUUCUCUGAGUUCAUCCAGGCGCUGUCCGUGACCUCGAGGGGGACCCUGGACGAGAAGCUGCGUUGGGCCUUCAAGCUGUACGACCUGGACAACGACGGCUACAUCACCAGGAACGAGAUGCUGGAUAUCGUCGAUGCCAUUUACCAGAUGGUGGGGAACACCGUGGAGCUCCCCGAGGAAGAGAACACCCCGGAGAAGAGGGUGGACCGGAUCUUCGCCAUGAUGGACAAGAACGCCGAUGGGAAGCUGACGCUGCAGGAGUUCCAGGAAGGGUCCAAGGCGGACCCCUCCAUCGUGCAGGCGCUGUCCCUCUAUGAUGGGCUGGUAUAGUCCAGGGCCCGGAGCUGCGAUGUCUGGGGAGCCUCCUCUGUGCCCUGAGGCCGCCUCUGCCCCCACGCCCCCGAGCCUCCCCGCCUCCCUCGGCCUCCGCACACAGCCAGCUGUCCUGGACGCGGGAGGCCCCGGCUGCCCUCCUCGCACCCCGCACCCACCCGCAGCCUGAAGCCACCGGCUCGGAUCCAUCGCCAACAACCUCUGCUUGUCCGGAAGACGACAGCACGCAUCGAAGCCGCCCCAGCUCUCUGCACCACCGCGGCCCCGGCUCCGGCUCCUCCCGCUCUCCUGUGUGCACGUGCUUUCCUUGUUCAUUCCAAACAGACGUUUUAAAGGGGAAAACACCCCCUUCGGUGGGAGGAGACGCCGGCCGACAGCUGGGGAGGAGGCCUGGGGGGCCCCACCCCGACGCCACCUCCGCCUCCUGGCCCGGGGGCCCCAGGGAUAUCAUUAGUCCUCCCGUCCUCGUGGGCGGCCAGCACGGCUCACCGCGCGGACGAGAACCGGCCGCCACAGCUGGUUGUGGGCCGCCUGAGGAUUUUAUAUCGACGUAUACAAUGCAGACUUUUUAUUUAUUGGUUGGUAACCGUUGCUGCUGCCUCGCGUGUCCAGAGCCCCAGGGGCACGGGGCCACCGCUGACAUGUGCCCGCCCUCCCCACCUGCCCGCGCUCGCUCGGGGCCGUGGCGGCCUGCAGCGGCCGAGAAGCCAAAAAACUUUUUUCUUUCUCCCCCCGGAUUCCGCACUUGAUGUUUAGAGUGGGGAACGGCAGGCGCUCCUUGCUGCCACCCGGGGCCUCCGUCUGAACCCCUCCCUCCGCCUGUGACCCCCCACCCGGAAAAUCACCUUUGCUUCCCCGGAGCAGGGGCGGGGGCAGGGUGGGUUUGCACUCAGCGCCUGCGUUCUCUCCCGCUCUGCUCCCCUGGCCCCCGUCUGCAUUUUUCCCACGAGACCGAGCUCCCUUCUCAGCUCAAAGGCUGGCACGAGAGGAGGGAAGAGGGUUCCAGCCGCCCCCUGCCCUUCGGGGCCGUGGCCCCUGCACCCCCGCAGGAGGCUCCUGGCUCCGCCUGCCGCUGACAUAAGGCGACCCCAGAACGGCUGCAGGCUUGAGGCCGGGGUCUGAGCUGCCCCCAUCUGCAGAGCCGUGAGGCCAGGCCUGGGUGACCGGGACCUCCUGUGCCGGAGCUGCGUUGUUCCCAGGCCCCUGGCUGCGGCUGUGUUGCUGCUGUGGCCUGAGGCUGGGUCCGCAGCCUGGCCCGGUUCGCUCCUCACACAGGUCCCCAGACACACAGCAGCUGAGGCUUGCUGGUGCGUGGGGUCUGCCCCAGGUGCCAGCUGUGUCCAGUGCCACACCUUAUCCCUCCCUGCGGAUUCCUCGGUCCCCGAGCUCAUCCUGGCCAAGGGAAAGCCUGCGGGGGAUGGGGAGGGGCCCUGGAGCAGCUCUGUUGCCUGCUGGGGGCUGGCCUGUGUCUCCUGUUCUUGCGUCCCCUUUGCGAAGUCACCGCCUGCCCCCGUCCCCGAGAGGAGAACGCUGGCCCUGGGAUCAGCCUCGGUCUCCACUCUGCCCACUCGGAGGCUGGGUCUCCCUGCUCAGGAGCCCCUCACCUGCGUGGCGCUCCAUGGGGGGCAGCUGUGCCGGCUAGUGCUGGCGUGGCUGGUCCCUGUUCUCCGAGCUGCUCGGCCAGCCCCAGCAACGCCCCCUCCUGCAUGGGCCGACCCUUUGCAGAGACCCCUGCCGGGAGGGCAGCAGCAGCCCCCCCUCCACAGCCAGGACGCCUCACCUGUUCCUAGGCCAGCUCCGACCAGGGACAUUAGGGCAGGGCGUGGCCCUGGGGACCAGAGGGUGGUGGGGGUGGGGGGCUUUCCCAGGUCAAAUUACUUCUCUGUGGUCUCUGCUGGGCUUUGUGGUCAGAUGGGGACGGUGCUGUUAGGCAUUGCGUCUUGGAGGUGUUGGGGGCGACUGGUGGCGGAGGACUGACCCGGGUCAGGUCCGCGGAUCUCUCCUGUGGCCCAGGCCUUCCUCCCAGCCUCCCUCCCUUUGCUUGGUUUGGGGCCAUGGAUGUGGCUUCCGGCCGUAGCGGUGGUACCCUCGGGCCUGCGGCCCAGUGUGUCCUGGCUACACCCUGGCCACGUUCACUUGAGGUUGCCUGGGAGAGACCCGUUUCUGUGCCCUUGCACCAGGCCUCCGGCUGUGGCCACAGCCUCAGGUCCUCAGCCUGGCCCCUCCGAGACUGCCCCAGCCCGAGGCCAGGCCCUGCACCCUCUGCAGAACCUCUCUCCUGGGCCAGUCUGCCAUGGCCUGCCCACUUCCUCCCACUCUGUUGCGGGUGACCUGGGAGAGGGUGGCGGCUCUCCAUCUUUAACCAGGCAGCGUGUAAGUGACACCAAGGCAGGGAUGUGGGGUCCUCCGUACCGACAUCGCCUCCCCUCAGCCAGCCGACGUCUAGGCAGGUGCACUGGGCAUUGGGGGGCUUUGUCUCUUCUCUGGGGGUGCCUGGGAUCCCUCCUGGACCCAGCAGCCUCUCUAGAGAAAGUCCCGCUCCUGCCAAGGGAAAGCCGCCCUGUUCCCAAGGUGGUUUAAGUUUUUAAGGGAGCCAAGGAAGCGUGGGGCGCCCCCUAGUGGCUUGCAUUUGGAAGUGCUCGGGGCCCCAGCUAAGAGGGAAGCUAGAGUUGGGGAGGUGUGGAGGGGGCCCCGUGUUAUGGGCAGUGUCCCCCACCUCUGCUAGGCUUUCCUAGGGGUAGGAGUUAAUUAUCUAAGGGCACUGUGAUGGGACGUCUUGCCCCUCCCACUCCGUUUUUUUUUUUUUAAAUAUCUGCGGAAUAAACCCGAUGGUUAAUUUUUGAAUGAAUAAAAUGCUUUUGUUGAAUAAACAGCUGGUCCCAUCUUGUCUUGCCUCUAGGCUCAGGCUCUGUCUGCUGCCCAGGAUGGGGGAUACACAGGCCCCCUGCCCACACCCACCCCGCAGCCUGGGCCUCUUCCCCAGGGAGGCCACCCCCACCACCCAGUCUCUGGGGCCGGUGUCCUCGGUCUGUCCACGCCCCCCUCCCUCCCCCAGAGUGUGGGCGUCGUAACCAAAGCCCCUCGUGGGGAUGCCGGCUCCUGGAGGCAUCAGCUUCGGGAAGGCACUCGGGCGUCUUUGCAAACACGCAGUGGAAGGCACCGGCUCCAGCUCUGGCUGUCUGUCUCCCCACCUACUUACCCUGGCGGUGCCCCCCUGCAGUCUCUAUGGGGUGCCGUCCUGUCUGUGUCCCUGGCGAUGUGGGCUGG